CAUGCACCUAGCAUUAAAUUAUACAAAAUAAUUAAUUAAUUGUUUUAUUGGCUCUCAUCAUAGUUAUUUAAAAGAAAAACAAUUUUAAAGUGAGAGAAUUAUGAGCAUUUGAAUAACAUGUUUUCAAAAUUAUGAGAAAAUUAUUUUAGGUUGACGGAAUUUGUAACUGUUGACUGAAGUGUGGACCAAAAAGAAAAGAUGAUCUUGAUCAUAGAUCAUAGGAAAUGCUCAAAUAAAUAUCUUUUAUUCUGCCAGUACGUGUAAAUAAAGUGGAAAGUCUCCUAUAAAAUUAAAAAUGUUUUCCAUUUUUUAGAAAUUGAUAAUUUAUAACCAUUAAUGCGCUAUAAAGAUAAUGUAGUAAUUUAUUUAUGCAUCGAGUGGUAGUAAUUCUAUUUGUAUUAAAAUGGGUUUUCAGCAACUUUAUAGAGCAAUCAAACAUAUUCUAAUAUUUGUUAAUUUUAUAUUUUGGACUGUCGGCAUAAUUGCAGUUGGUCUUGCAAUAUGGAUGCUCGUAGAUCAAACAUUUUUAGUUACACUUUCUCAAGAUAAACCACAUUUUUAUGCUGGUCUCUGCGUUUUUUUAACAGCUGGCAUAAUAAUGUUCAUUAUAGCAUUUCUCGGUUGCUGUGGAGCGUUUCAAGAAUCGCAAUGUAUGCUAGUUGGAUUUUCUAGCUGUUUGUUAAUAAUUAUAGUUGCUCAAAUUGCAACUGGAGCUUGGCUUUACAUGAAUAGCAAUAAACUUGAAGAAUUGAUUGAAUCUAACAUUUACACAAGUAUUAAAACUGAGUAUGGAAGUAUUAAGCAAAGGACAGAAAUCGUCGAUGCUUUUCAACAGUAUCUGCAUUGCUGCGGGGCAUACGGACCUAACGACUGGGCUGUAAGUAAAUAUUCUAACAAUGACGCUGGUCAAGAUAUACUUUUAACUGUGAGUCAAGGAACAAUAUUUAAGAUCCCUAAAAGUUGUUGUAAAAAGCAAGAGUCUUUUGAUUGCCAAUCUUCUCUGUCACUUCGUGUUGCAGACAAAAUACCACCCACCAUUUUUAAUAUUGGCUGCACAGAUAAAAUUUUGGGAGAAUUGAAAACAAAGAGUAAUAUCUUCAUUAGUAUAAUUGUUGGGUUAAAUAUUCUGGAGUUCAUAGGUUUAAUUUUUUCAUUGAUUCUCUGCUGUGCUAUUGGAUCAAAUCGUCCAUAUAAGGCUUAGCGAUAAAAACAUUAACAAAGGACUAACAUAUACUUGUAUGUAUAGGUUUUUGUACGAGAUUAACAGGUCGAUGUCAAACUUCACAAUUUAAUCUCAUUUGUAAACAUCCAUUGUUUUAGAAUACCUAGAAUUCUUUGAAAAAGAAUAAAGAAAUACAUCUAAUAUAAUGAAUCAA